GCGCGCUCGCAGAUCUGUCCGAGGUGCUGGAUUUGUGUGUGUGUUUGUGUGUGUGUGUGUGCGUGCGUGUGUGCGUGCGUGCGUGUAGGUGACAGAAGAGACAGACAGAAGAGACAGAACGGGUCGGCGAGAGAGGCGAUACUAACGUCGCGUGAUAAAGUCGGGCGAGGCGACGCGCGAAACACUCGUCUCCCCGAAAGGGCCCGAAGUCAUGACUGCCGCGACGCCGACCGCGCUCGAGCUCCUCGAACGUCUUUUCGCAGAUCCGGUGGAGCCGCGAAAGGUCUACCACUACUCUGACAUGGGAGAGGGAGAGGCUUCGACCGCGGCUGACAACAAAGAACGAGAGCUACGAGGGGAAGAAGAAGACGACGACGACGACGACGACGACGGCGGCGAAGAAUACAACCCGGAGAACGAAGCUUUGUCUUUGGAGGAGGAGGAGGAGGAGGAGGAGGAGGAAGGAGAAGAAGAAGAAGAAGGAGAAGAAGAAGGAGGAGAAGAAGAAGAAGAAGAAGACCGCGCCAUGGGCGAAAGACCCGAGACCUGCACCUUUCCGUCCAAAAACGGCGAACUGACGUGGUCCUCGACGGCGCACGGCAGACGGGGCGCGACCGACGAGCAGAGUCGGCCGGGUCCGCCGACCCCCGGGCCCACGGAGGAAGCGGCGUCCCGCGCCACCGACAUCGCCUCGACGUUCCGGCUGUUUGUGACGCCCGCGAUAGAAGACAUUGUCCUGGAGAUGACCAACCUCGAAGGUCGCAGAAGAUACGGGGACGACUGGAAAGGCAUGGACCGGGUCGACCUGCGCGCCUACGUGGGCCUCCUGAUCCUGGCGGGCGUGUACAGGUCCAGAGGGGAGGCCGCCUCCAGUCUGUGGGACGCGGAGAGCGGAAGGGCCAUUUUCCGCGCCACGAUGCCGCUGAAGGACUUUCACGCGUACUCGACACUGUUGCGAUUCGACGACCGCGAGACGAGGCGCGAGCGACGAGCGAGCGACAAACUGGCGGCCGUGCGAGACGUGUGGGACGCGUGGGUGCUCCGACUGCCGCUCCUCUACAACCCGGGGCCCGAGGUGACCGUGGACGAGCAGCUGGUUCCGUUCAGAGGGCGGUGUCCCUUCAGGCAGUACAUGCCCAGCAAGCCGGCGAAAUACGGAAUCAAGACGUGGGUGGCGUGCGACGCCAGAUCCAGCUACGCGUGGAAGAUGCAAGUGUACACCGGCAAGCCGACGACGGGCGGCGGCGGCCCCGAGAGGAACCUGGGGAUGAGGGUCGUGCUCGACGUCACGGAGGGCCUGGCGGGUCGCAACGUGACGUGCGACAAUUACUUCACGUCCUACGAGCUGGCGCGCCGGCUCCUGGCCAGGGGGAUCACCGUGGUCGGCACGGUUCGAAAGAACAAGCCCGAGCUUCCGCCCGCUCUGCUGGCGACGAGGGACAGGGCGGUGUUCUCUUCGAUGUUUGCGUUCACGCCCACCACGGCCCUGGUGUCCUACGUGCCCAAGAAAAACCGCAACGUGGUGCUCAUGAGCACGCGGCACGCCGAGGCCGAGGUCGGCGACUGCUACUACUAA